AGAUUAUGCCACCCUGGACCAGAGCGUGUCUUCGCUGAACUUCGGCGGUCUUACUGGAUAUUGAGAGGGCGCGAGGCUGUCCGGAAGCACCAGUAUGCCUGUCUGGAGUGCCGAAAGUUGAGAUCUAAACCUGUUGUACCAAAGAUGGCUGACUUGCCUCCUGCUCGACUCCGUUUGUUCAAGCCAGCAUUUUAUUCCACUGGGAUGGACUGCUUUGGGCCAUUCCAGGUGAAGAUUGGCAGGCGUACAGAAAAACGGUGGGGUAUUAUAUUUAAAUGCCUUACCACUCGAGCAGUGCAUCUGGACGUACUCACCUCCAUUGAUACAGAUGCCUUCUUGAUGGCUGUACGAAGGUUUACCGCACGCCGUGGUACCCCUGCUGAGCUUUACUCAGACCAAGGGACAAAUUUCAGAGGAGGAGAGAAAGAGUUGAGAGAGGCUUUCUCUGUUAUGAGUACUGACCUGCAAGGUUUGCUGGCGAAACAUCAGAUCAACUUUCACUUCAAUCCUCCAACAGCUCCACACUUUGGAGGAGUGUGGGAGCGAGAGAUUCGCUCUGUGAAAGCAGCACUUAGCACCACAAUUGGAGCACAGAGCGUUCCCGAGGAAGUACUCAGAACAGUUUUAAUUGAGGUGGAAGCGAUCUUGAAUUCUAAACCGUUGGGGUAUGUGUCAUCCAACAUCUCAGAUGUUGACCCAAUAACACCAAAUCAUCUUCUGAUGGGGCGGCCCAGUAGUUCAUUUCCGCAAGUUGUCUACCAAGAUUCUGAACGCCUAAGCCGCAGACGGUGGAGACAAAGUCAGAUACUGGUGGAUCACUUCUGGGCCAAGUUUAUAAGUUACUACUUACCUGGUCUGCAGCUGAGGCAGAAAUGGCAAGGAACUACUGCGGAUCUUACAGAGGGGUCUGUCGUGAUGAUGGUUGAUCCCCAAUUGCCAAGGGCUCUAUGGUUAGUUGGCAAAGUGGUGAGGGUGUUUCCUAGUGCUGAUGGACAUGUAAGAGCAGCUGAGGUGAAAGUCGAUAACAAGAGUUUUACCAGACCUGUGGUAAGGUUAAUUAAGCUGCCUGAACUGCCUAAUGAUGAUUAAAAUUCAAUUGGAACACAUUUACACUGCAAAUGUGGGGGCGGCUGUUACAAAGGUAGCGCAAAAGCGCCAUCUAGUGGCUUUUAGUAGAUGUGCUGGAAGUGAUUGCACAUGACAAUAACAGCUACGCCACAGGAAAACUGUUCCUGAAGUCGCGAUGCAGUGUUGGGGUUAAUUAUUAAUAACUGUGUGCGUCCAUUUGAGAAAACCACACACACACAACCAACAUGCUUAUGAUUAUGAUCUAAAUCUACCAUCUCCAUAAACAUAAGCUGAGUGCCAACUGCUGCAUCCAACUUUGUACCUAUAUUGUAAAGUGUGGCAAUGUUGCUGUCGAAUGUAUGUCUGUGCUGCUGAAGAAAGUUCAGUAAACUGUUCAAACUGAUUCCUGCCUCCUGUCCUGCGUUCUGACAGACGCUCCAAGGCGAGAACUAUAACCUCCUAAGCACCUGUGGUCCUUUCUCUC